AUGGCUGUUAUAUUCAAAUCAAAGAUUCCUCCUUGGGCCGACGUCUUCCCACAGAUCGAGAACAUUAUCGCCAACCCAUCAGAAACUCCAUUCUGCGUGGGAAUUCCUUACGGUCUUCAGCUACAGAAAGAGAUUUGGAAUCCGGAGAAGCUGCGAGUCGUCCUUCAUGUGAACACCGCUUCUGGACACAGGUUCUUAUCACACCAUGGGGUUGGUAAGAAGAACGAGAUCAAUAUCUGGAACUUUUCUAAGGAAAAACAACCUGUAAAUUCAGAAAAUGCUCUCCAAACUUUCUCCACUGAUCUUAAGUUUCUGCACAUUCUCUUUGCGCAAAGACGCUGGAUUUAUGUCAUGUACUGCACGGAUUUGUCGUUGAGGAUUUUCAGCGCAAAGUUCCACCCCGUUUCAACCACAGCUGUGAAUAAAAGUGUACUUAGCCUUGCGUACAAUGAAAUAAGAGACGAGAUUAUCACCGGGAUUGCUGGGGGAAUAAUGACGUGGAAGUUCCCCACUGGUCAAACGGAUCCCUUAACACCAGGUCAACUGAUAAGUUGUUCAUUCACGCCAUUUGACUGGGUGAUGUCACUAACCAUUGACAACACUUCAAAGCAGAUCUUAGCGAUAUCAGAUGUUAGAAUAUCUAUGAUAGAUAUUGCAACGCAUAAGGAAAGAUGUUCAUUUGAAAAGAAAUGCGAUUUCUCCUUCACUACCUGUGUAUUUUACAGUCCUGCAAGCUACUUCAUUACAGGUAUAUACAACCUGAUUUAUUAAGCUUACAAAUCACAAGGGCUCUUGAGUAAGCCCCUGCUUCAUGCGUUUAUUACUGGUAAAAGAAAGUUUAGGUAUAUUGCAAAAUUAUUUUAAACACAGACGUAUUUUUCCGUCAGUCAUGAAUGCGCGCAUUUGUAAUAGAAAACGGGAUGUACCGGUCGUGAAAAGGAAAGUGUUACUGGGGAUUAGACUCUAUAAUAUGUCUAACAAGAACAGUAGAAACAAAUUAGCCAUGUAUAUGAGUUUUUAAUAUUCCUGAGAAGACUAUAUGGCAAAGCAUUUCAGUUUGACAUCAGCCAAGUUGAGAGAAAGAAAAUUGGCCGCAAUAGUAAAGGCGCGUUUUCAGUUUCAUCCCUAAUUUUUGUCACGGACGAGAUCGCUGAUGAACAGGUUUUCUUCCUUGCAGGCGACAAGAACGGAUCUGUCCGUGCGUGGAGCAUGAGUCUUAACAGUUUCCCAAUGGUAACGCAAUUUCUUGGUAAGCAACGGCGUUCGACGUUAGGAGGACGCAAUUCAUAAUCUUGGGAAAACUGUGUAUACUAGGUUAUCCCAUGGUUCUAAGUUCGUUUAGUCGUUCGUCUGCUUUUUCGAAGCUAUUUUGAAUUACGUCAAUAUCUAGAUAAGUUACUGCGUUCGACGUUAGGAAAACACAAUUCAUAAUCUUGGGAACCCUGUGAUACUUGGUAUAUCCAGUGAUAGUCAGUUCUUUUCGUCGUUGAUCUCCAUUUCCGACGCUAUUUUGAAUUACGUCAUUACGUCAUAUGCGCAUGCGCAUCACCCUGGCUCGAUCAAGGUCAACCGGAUGAUGCAACUGACGUCCUACACACCGAGCUCUCCGAGUCCGGCAGGGGAAUGAAAUUUAGACUUGAUUUCGAAACGGUUUUUAUCACUGAAAUGGCGAUUCAUUCCUUCCUAUUUCGGUCUUUACACUACAUUGCUAGGUCAAGAAAUGUUAUAUACCGGCCAAAUCGAGCUGAAUUAGAAACUUCGUAGACGACAAAUCGGAGUAAACACUAGGUACAUUUGUAUACUACUACUUUAGUUGAAAAAACCCUACCAUGUGAGCAGAGAUGGCUUUUAGCGUCUACGAAGUCGACGUGGCUGAACGACUUCGUAAACGCUAAAAGCCAUACAAGGGCUAGAGAGAAAACUCUGUUCGCAGAGUAAAAAAAAACCCUAGUUAUAGCAAGAAAACACGAAGAAUACAACAACAACUUCAAAAUCUUCACUAACUUUAAAUGAAAAAUAAACAAGAACAAAAAGUGCGUCGGCCGGGAAUCGAACCCGGGUCAACUGCUUGGAAGGCAGCUAUGCUCACCACUAUACCACCGACGCUUUACAAUAACAGGUAUUUUUCAGCGUUCUUUUGUUAAUUACAGGCCACACCGCUGAAAUCACUAAACUCUUGGUACACCCCAGCGAGCCAUUACUGGUCUCCAGUUCUCUGGACAAAACCAUCCGAAUUUGGAAUUUCGACACAUGCGCACAGACUUUCAAGCUAGAGACCGUAGAAGAAAUUAUUGACAUGGAGCUUCUCAGCAAUGAUCUUCUCUACUACCGCUCAGAUCAUCACGUAAAAAUCUGGAGUCUUAACUUAUUUCACAGUCUGUUCACUGUUCUCAGCUCGCGUAUAAGAAGAUGGUCUCGAGUGAAAUCCCCAGGGUACCCUGCUAGGAUUUUAGUGCAUGCUGAGGAUGGUGGGGUGAGACUGGUUUCGCCUGUUCAUGGAUACGAGCUUACUACUGUACUUCCUAUAACGACCAUGACAGCGGAUAUUGUUGAUGUGGCUCAUAAUCCAAGACAAGAAAAGAUUUAUCUUGUGUUGAGUACGAGGGAGGUUCUUGUAUUUGAGAGCGACACUAACCCAUGUUGGUAAGGCAUUUAGAUUUUAUUUUAUGUUAUGGUUGCUGUUGUUGUUGUGUAAUGGUGGCCAAAUAUAAACGCGCUACAUUGUUAAUUGGCGCGUUCCGGCGCAAGCGCGUGAGCGUGAAUUGCUGCUGUUUCCGAUCACGGUUUUGUUUGUUUCGUGAGAGAGCCGACGUAAAUGUUUUUCACAAGGUCGCUGAUUGAAGUAACACUACGCUCAUCGUCGUGUAAUUUUAUAUCAGUUAACUUCCUCGGGUUUGGCGCAAAGAAAUCUAUAUUGUUCCAUCGAAUUAACAUGAAUUAAUUUACGAGGCUUAAACGAGAGAAUUUAGACUUAGCCUGGUACUCGAGCGUUUCGUGAAAUUUUCUUCAGCAGUUGCUGCACAAUAUGUCAUGAAAAGAGCGAAAAACUGGAAGAGAUGCGUGGCCGUUUACGUUGAGCCUUCGCCUGUUCCCUAGCAUUUUUGAAGCUUUCCAAUGAUCCUUCCCGCUGCACACCAAAAAUAUCCAUCACCGGCCGCUCGGGCCACCGGCUAAUGCCCAAAAGUCCAAAAAACAUUUGGCUAUGAGGCAGUUUUAGUCUUGUUAGACAUGAGCUGCGUAAGAGUCGGUCAGGGUAUAUUUUGCACCAUGAGAACGAGGGUUGAAUCUUGACCCAGUUUCCCGUGCAACUUCGUAAUAAUUAAAAGGGAUAAAAAGGGAUAAAAGGGAUAAAUUCACCAAAACAGUCCAUAGUGCAUUUUGACACAACACCCAACCCAGACUUAAACAAAACGUUAUGAAAAACAGCCAAUUUACCGACUUUAAAAGCCGGCUUUACUCGGAUGUGGGAAUUCUUUCAACACUCCUUGGGUCUUUGUGACUUGAAAUCAACUUUUUUAAAAGAAACUAACAAAAAGUGAGAGACCACUAGAAUUCUACUGAUUUUUUCUGUUAUGAAAAUUUAUUGCAAGAUUUUAUCUAAUGAAAUAAAAGCAUAAAAAUGGAAAAUAAUAUAGAAAAAAAAGUGCGUCGGCCGGGAAUCGAACCCGGGUCAACUGCUUGGAAGGCAGCUAUGCUCACCACUAUACCACCGACGCCUCGGUGUCGUUCUGACAGCAAUGUGUGGCCCACGUUCCAAGACCAGUUAAUUAAAGAUUGACUCAACUCUAACUUUCCUACAAUAGCUGUCAACCGUCAAAGAAUGGGUAUCACCCAGGAGGAGCGGAUACUCCCUUAUUUGGCCUAUACGGGGAUGUGCCACUGGACAGAGUAUGGUUUUUGACCUCUCUAUCCUAAACAGGGUAUAUAAUUUGAUGAGAAUCAGUCCUAAACAGGGUAUAUAAUUCCGUGUGAAUCUGUCAACAAAAAGCGAUUGCUACAACGUGAAUUUGCUCUAGCGUGCUUUUUGUCCUUUGUCCUAAUCAUGAUCAGGGUAAUAAAACUGACGGUGUUGUCCUAAACAGGGUCAGGUUUUCAAAUCCUCAGCGGCUCACCUAUACCCAAAUAUUGGUUGAGUUCCCCUACCCGCGGGCAAUCAUGUUUAUUUCGAUAAUCAUGGCAAAGUUGCAUCAAGUUGUACUUCACAGAUAAGGUUUCAGUUCUCAAUAUUUUACCGACUUUUCCGCAGCUCAUUUUCCGUGUAAAACUAGGAACUGAUUUAUUCUCGACCCGCCUUGAUUAUGAUCAGGACGGGUAUUUGUGGAAAAUUUCUCAUCAAAAGGCCAUGAUUAAAGUCUAAUGCACCUCUUAGUCAGCUGUUUUUUUAUUCUGUGAUAUGUCUCUUCAGCUCUAUACGGCUAGAUGGCCUUUUUGUUCAUUCCCCUCAAAUUGCCACUCUGUCUUGGGGCUAUUACUUUAACUAUGAAUUUAAGAUCAACUAUGUAACUAUGAGUUGAGAUCAGACGAAUGAAUGCGCGCAGAUUCAUUUCAGGCUUUGCCCUACAGAAAUAAACAACCUUUCAGCAUUUAUGACAAAAGGUUUGGUGAAGCGUUAGCAUUAGUUGGUCCAUUAAUAGCAGCAAAAAAACGCCGUGUUUUGGCGGGCUUAUCUUCAUGGCACCUGAGACCGCACGGAAUAAUGAGGCCUAGGGACUAGGAAAGUCCUUACGUCACUCAUUUUAAAGCAUUCUGAUAGGACAAACAAAAAAUGCUAUUCAGCAAUUACAACGCUUAAUUAAAUUAUUGAGAAAAAUGAAUGCGUCGGCCGGGAAUCGAACCCGGGUCAACUGCUUGGAAGGCAGCUAUGCUCACCACUAUACCACCGACGCUUCGUGAUUAUUUGAGUUUUUAGUUCAUAGUAUGAUUUUCUUGAAAAAAUGGCAGGUGCUUCUAUCUGCUCCAUUUGUAUCCCCAUUUUAUUUCUCAAGUUAGAGAUAUGCAUCCUCGUAAAUGUGAAUAAAUCAAUAAAAUACUUAAUGAAAAGUAUAAAGGAGCAGAUUUGGAAUUGAUAUGAACUUCCUGUUCAUUAUAACCCUUCUGAUGUACCGGCAUUUUGCUGGUGGCCAAGUGAAACAAAUGACGCUUUAAUGAUGUUUUCCCUAAAUGAUGCGAAUUUCCUUCUAAAGAGAAAGGUUUUCUUCCUAAUAGGAAAAACACUCCCUUAAUUCGUAAUUUUAAGGUUGACAUACGAAAAAGGUUUUAGUUAUUAUAACUGACUGCUCACGCUCAGAUGGCUCCUGGUGAAUGUAAAAACUUAAAAGCAAAUUUGAUAUAAAAAGACUCAGAAACACGGAAUUGCUAUCCAGCGCGUCGGUGGUAUAGUGGUGAGCAUAGCUGCCUUCCAAGCAGUUGACCCGGGUUCGAUUCCCGGCCGACGCAAAGAUCAGACAUCAAAAUUCAUUUUCUUAAUUAAACAAACUUUUGUUUAGAAACAGCUAACUAAUAAAUAAGUCAUUUGCACGAUGGCGUCAUAUUACUACAACGACCACAAUCCUUUUCGCUUUCCGGCUUACAUUUUUAAAUUUGGUAAUCCAAGGGAGGUUAAAAUAACAAAAGCUCUAAUUUGCACAAGAAAGCAAAACCAUGAAGGAUUCUGGUCGUAGUAGUAAUAUGACGUCAUCGUGCAAAUGGCCUAUUGUACAGCAAUUAAUUCAUUUUGCAACCUCGUUCCCAGGUUGCUCUACUAAUCGCAACCUCGUUUCCAGGGUCCUCUCCUACUCGACUAUUAAAACCCUGGGGACGAUGUUGUUUAUUUUGUUCAUUAGAUACUUCCGCUAGAAAUGAGAAAUAAACGACAACUAUAAUUAAUAUGUGGAAUGCCUUUACUAUGUCCUGUUUUUGUUUCAAUCUGUUUUGUUUGUUUGUUUGUUUGUUUGUGUGUGUGUGUGUUUUUUAUUUAAGUGCGUGCAGUAUUUUCUUAUCGAGAAGAAAAGAAAAGAAGAUGAAAGGAUAUGUUAAUUUGUAUAUUUUGGGCUAGAAGAGAAACCAUCCUUUUAGAUCAUUUUGGUGUCCUUUUAUUUCUUUUUUUUUUUCACCCUAAGGCUCAGGCGUUCAAUACGCUAAAUUAAUAUUCGUCCUGGUGGGCCUGUGCCUUGGUCAGGUUAGCCCUUUCCACAGGUAUACCAUAAGUGUUAUGUGGCAUAUUAAGAUACAGCAUUCUCCCACUAAAACUUUUCACUUUAUUUCCCAGUGCUUAUCAGCUGUGGGCAGCUGAGAGUCCCGAGGAAGGAGUCUGUAGUCUUGCCAUGAUAUAUUCGGAGUUUGCCCUGGAUGAAAGUUCAAAUCCUUUGAAAUCCGGAUUACUUUUCGCUGGACACUUCAACGGACAAAUAUCACUGAUCAGCGGAAAAGGUGCAAUGCAAUAACUUUAAUUAAAUUGAUAGGGAGAUGUAAUAAUAACCUGCGUAGCUGGCGGAAUUGUUUUUGCGCCGGUGAAGUUUUGCCGCGAGAAGCGAGCGCCAAAUUCGCGGGAAAAUUCAAAGUGUCUCCUCACCAUUCUCCGCGCGGCUUUGCAGUUCCUCUAUCAAAACAAUAGAGAAGAGAAGUGAUGACGUCACAGAAACCAAAUUUUUGAAACUGUAUGAGAUUGGUUGGCAUAUCAUGAUAGAACAAGAUGAAAAAUAUCUACUUGCUAAAUUAAAAAUCAGCCUGUUGGUGUAAAUUGGUGAGGAGAUAUAAGCAACCUUAUACUUCAAUGACUCCGUAGGCUCCUUCUAAAAUAGUCCUGGAUUGUAAAAGUUAGGAUCCCAGCCAAUUUUAGAGGGAUUCGUGUGGAGUCAUCAGAGCAAACUGGUGACUUUAUCUCCUCGUCAAUUUGCUUUAACGGGUUGAUUUGUGGCAAGAGGUUUUUGUCAUCAUGUUCUUUCUGAAUACGCUGUCCAAUCCCACAAUUUCCCCAAUUUGAAUGUUUGUGAAGUCACACUUCUCUUUUCUUUAGAAAUAGAUCUUGACAUUUUAGGAAAUCGUUUUGUAAAAUUACGAUCUAACAAAAUGUGCAGCUAGUGCUUCACAGGGUGACUCUCAUGGCCACAGGCAGUCCAACAACACUCAUCCAUAGGCACGUAGACAGCCGAAUUCAGAGAUUUGUUUGAAGGGUUUCAGGAACAACUGAAAAACUUGAAAUUUUCGAAACUGGUCCGUGGAGUUAAUUUCCGAAAAAAAGGUUUUCUAUCUAUGCAUGAAAAUAUACAGGGGCCAUAACAAAAUGACAAAAACUGCGAAGGUUAUGGAAUUCACGAGUCUUAAUUUCCCUUGACUUUUGUUAUCUAGAUGUCUACAUGAAAGAUAACGUCCAGGCCCACCAAGGCCAGGUCACUUUUCUGAGAGUUUCGGCUUCAUUUACCAAGUCAAAUGACAGUCUUGCCGCAAAGGAUCACUUGGUGUCCUGUGGUACGGAUCGCACGGUACGGAUAUGGCAACUUAUCAACCCAGAAUUAAAUCGCGUAUCAAUCCAACAAAAGGCCCUUGUCAAGUUGCUGCAGUUGCCUAGAGACCUGGCAAUGGCUGGUGACACCCUGUGUAUGGCCAUGGCUGAUAAUAACGUUGUCAUGUGCAGGUUUGUUUGAAUUGUCAUUAUGCUUGUUUAAUCAACGAUAAAACGGGCAACAAAAACGUGCAGCAUGUUUUGCAUCAUUGCUGCAAAUUAAGAAAUGGUAACCUGAGAUCAGGCUCUAUUUUCGUUUCACUUUGUAAAUAACAUUCCGGCGGGAAGGCGAAAUGAAAAGAGAGCCCCAAUCUUAGAUCUCAGGUUAAAGAAAUGGUAAACGUGCAGCGUACAACCAUCGAGUUAUGGAUGCACGCGGGAGGUUACUGAGCACGAAAGAAGCGUAAGAGUUAGAGAGCAACUCUAGCUUCUUGAGUGCUGAGCAAACCUCCCAAGUGCAUCCAUAACUUGAUGGUUGCUCUGUUGCAGCGUUAACCAUUUUUUUUUAAUAACAUAAUCAAAAGAGAAAACAUUUCCAUUUGCCUUCGGUUGAGUCAGUCCUCGGUACUAAAACGAGUUUAUGUAUGCUAUCAUCUGCCCGCGCGUAAAACAAAUUAUUAGUUAUGCCUUUCGAAGCCUUGGAAGGUUUUCCUUCAGUGAUCAACCGUUCUUCGUCUUAGAGUAAGUACUCUCUACUUUCUGCAACAUAUCAUAUCAGAACAUGGAGCCCCUUUUGCCCAGAGAGUACUUCUCCGUUCACUUUAAGUUUGAGAUAACCAUAGAAUGUUAAUUUUUGAAGAUACCAUCGAAUCUACUCUCUGAGGUUUCCGGGUAUCCAAUCAAAACAUAUACUUUAAUCUCAAACGCACUCUAUAAUCUACGAUUACUACUAACAUAAUUUCAGAUACUAAGCCGAUUGCAAAAUUUCAUCUGUGUAAAUGUAUGUCAAAACAUUUACUAUAAUUUAAUAAAUGAAGGGAAAAACUGCAUACAUCUUCGCCUCCGUGGCCUAAUGGAUAAGGCGUCGGCCUCCUACGCAUCAGUUGCCAUGGCAGCCGAAGAUUGCGGGUUCGAGUCCCGUCGGAGGUGUUUCUUUUAAACUUUUUCCCCCAAGCUUCAAAAAUGCUGUCCUAAAACUUUCAAAGUCUUUCUCAGAGAAGACAUCAGACAGCUACCAGAAUAUUUUCUAUAAUGGCAUAAAAAUUUUGUUACUUUACUUUCCCUGAUCUCGCCGGGUAACUCGCAUGCACCAUUUUCUCAACGACUCAUUAAUUUACAAAUUGAAAACGGUUGUAACUUUCUUGCGUCUGUUUGUGCUUAAGCAUCCACACGUAAACGCUAACAUAGCGUACUAAGUAUGAUGUAUGACAUCAUUAUGAUCGUAAUCGGAAACCUCUGUUUUCGUAAGUUCAAUCGAAAACGGCAAUACAAUGUUUUCAAAAAUUUUUAUCCUGGGAAACGCUUUCAAAAACCUGCGUUUCUGGUGCCCGCUUACGUGUGGACGAUAGCCUAAAACGGAGAAAAAAUCUCCAUUUUCAAAAAUAUCAAGAUACGUGUGCAGGGGCACCCAACGGGAAAUUUUGAGAAAAAGACCUAAAAACAACAACAAAGCGUGAAUAAAGUUUUCUGAGACUAUUUUAAGCAUUUUGGGAGAUUGCUGGAAAAAAAAUUAUCUGUUCCUCACUCCCAGCAAGACUGAUGGAAGAGUUCCCAGCCAGCAACCUUACAACCUGCAACCUGACUUACUGGGAAGUUUCAUAGGGCACAAUUCAGAUCUUGAGUGGUAAGCAACCCAUACAAGUAACCCGUAGCAGCUAUUCUAGACUUCAAAUCCCCUCUGACACCCUGAAUUAUCUUUUUCCCAGCAACACUUUCCUUCCAAGGACUAUUAUUUUUUCCACAUCUCCCAGCCAGCAAAAAUUUGCAUGAAGAACAGAUAUUUUGAGGAACAGAUCCAUUGGGUGCCCCUGCGUGUGGACUGGGCUAAAGGUACGGUAAAGCGGAGAGCAAAAACGACGCAACGUGUUUUGCAACAUUGCUACAAAACGAGCUGAAAAGCAAUGUUGCUCUUGUCAUCUCUCCAUUAGAUUACUGCAAUAGUGUUUCAUAAGGCAUCCCUAAGUAUCAAAGAGAUAAACUUCGUGCAACGAAUCCAGAAUACUGCGGCGAGUCUUGUGUACGAAGCUAUAUCGGGAUACUGUUUUUAUUUUUAUCUAGACGUUUUGUUAUUGUAACGCGCAUUGAGAUUUUUAAUUGCUUCAUAGAAGUAAGUUAUUAUUAUUAGUAGUAGUAAAAGUAGUAGUAGUAGUAGUAGUAGUAGUAUUUUGUUGCGCGUUUAGUACUCAUAUUCAAACCUGUCUUGCAACGUACAGCUUAAGAAUUUAAAAAUGAUUUAAAAAGGUACGUUUUCAGCAGUUUUUUAAAACUGUCAACAGUCUUUGGUUCCUUGAUGUUUUGUGGUAUGACAUUCCAGAAUUUAGGGGCCACAACUGAAAAAGUUUUACCACCAUAGUUGUCAGUUCUAGCUCCUUGAGGACAGAGAAGUUAACGUGACCUUCAUCUUAAAGUUCGUACUGGCUGAUAGACUUGCAUUAGAAGAUUUAAGUAGUCUGCAGACCGACCGUUUACGGCCUUGUAGGUUGAAAAGAGAAUCUUAAUUCAAUUCUCUUUUCAACUGGCAGCCAAUGCGAGUUUUUUGAUAAAGGUGUUGCAUGGCCUGAAAGUUUAGAACCUAUCACAAAACUUGCUGCAGUGCUUUUCAACUCGUUUUGUAGCAAUGUUGCAAAACACGUUGCACGUUUUUGUUCUCCGCUUUACCGUACCUUUAGCCCAGUCCACACGUAUCUUGAUAUUUUUGAAAACGGAGAUUUUUUCUCCGUUUUAGGCUAUCGUCCACACGUAAGCGGGCACCAGAAACGCAGGUUUUUGAAAGCGUUUCCCAGGAUAAAAAUUUUUGAAAACAUUGUAUUGCCGUUUUCGAUUGAACUUACGAAAACAGAGGUUUCCGAUUACGAUCAUAAUGAUGUCAUACAUCAUACUUAGUACGCUAUGUAAGCGUUUACGUGUGGAUGCUUAAGCACAAACAGACGCAAGAAAGUUACAACCGUUUUCAAUUUAUAAAUUAAUGAGUCGUUGAGAAAAUGGUGCAUGCGAGUUACCCGGCGAGAUCAGGGAAAGUAAAGUAACAAAAUUUUUAUGCCGUUAUAGAAAAUAUUCUGGUAGCUGUCUGAUGUCUUCUCUGAGAAAGACUUUGAAAGUUUUAGGAUAGCAUUUUUGAAGCUUGGGGAAAAAAGUUUAAAAGAAACACCUCCGACGGGACUCGAACCCGCAAUCUUCGGCUGCCAUGGCAACUGAUGCGUAGGAGGCCGACGCCUUAUCCAUUAGGCCACGGAGGCGAAGAUGUAUGCAGUUUUUCCCUUCAUUUAUUAAAUUAUAGUAAAUGUUUUGACAUACAUUUACACAGAUGAAAUUUUGCAAUCGGCUUAGUAUCUGAAAUUAUGUUAGUAGUAAUCGUAGAUUAUAGAGUGCGUUUGAGAUUAAAGUAUACGUUUUGAUUGGAUGCACGGAAACCUCAAAGAGUAGAUUCGAUGGUAUCUUCAAAAAUUAACAUUCCAUGGUUAUCUCAAACUUAAAGUGAACGGAAAAGUACUCUCUGGGCAAAAGGAGUUCCGUGUUCUGAUAUUAAGACAUAUCGACUAUAAAAUAAAAAGUUUUGUAGAAAACAUACGCCAUUAUUCUUGCAUGAAACAGGCACUUUACAUGUAAAGCCUCAGCGAGUGGUAAAAUGACAACAGACAGCCUGGCUGUUUUUAUUUGAUGCUGAUACUGGUUCGAUUAUCCGUUUAUCAAAGAUGUGCGCAAUAUCCUGGGUGUCAUGUUAAGCUGUUGUUUUGACAGAGAGAAAAAAAAAAACUUGCUGUAAGCGAGCUUUGUAUCGUUGCCUAGCACAUGGCCAUGGUCUGUCGUGAGGAAUGCAUGAUGGUGCGAUGAAAAGAACCACAGAAUGCCGAGACUUAGGAGUUGCGUUCCUCUAUCGUCUAACGCAAUUCCAGUUACACAAACGUCCCGUUCUAAGUUUGUUUAUCGUCCUUUUCAUUUUGCUUGUGACGUUUAGAGUAAGAGCGGAAGAAAAGCAGUGUGGAGCUAACAUAUUUAACAAAACUAAAAAGACGUACGAAUUCCUAACUCAUUCAAAGGAUGAAGGACACAUUGCACCUAUCAAUGGGGUAAGGAUACGCUGCAAGUUUUUUUUCAAUUACAAGCUAUAUAUCAGAGAGCUUUGAGCGCAAGACACGAGACUAUCGCUAGGUUAAACCGUCCUUUGGAUCGAGGGCAUAGUGGCUCACAAAAGGAAUUGAUUUCCUUGCCCGAACAAGUUUUUUUGAAAUAGCAGCUUCAGAAGUUUUGAAUGUUCUUAAUAUAGUAGUCCUGGGAAUGUGUCCUCUGUUUUUUUCAUACAACUGAACUAUAGCCGAGAAGCAUAUCUUGGUAGAGGUAUAAAUAUCAGGGAUUGCUUUUAAUUAAAAAUUCCUACCUGUGCCUAUGUAGUCGACCUAAUAGUCAAAAUGGUCAAAUUUUCUUAAUUAGAAGUGCAGAAUAAGCAUUUUAGGUAAGUACGAUAAUGCAGUUAUCUAUAGAAUCACGUAUAUAGUUUUCCGUCAUGCUUGUGGUUCGCUGAUCCAGUAUGCUGUAAAAGUUUCAAAGCUUGAUUUGAAAAUAUUUAAUAAUUAUUUUGAAGUUAAGGCCCAAUCCUACACCAAUCACUGUGCUAUAAUCUUUAUCUAGGAUUCAAGUGUCCAUCAUCGUCGUCCACAAAACCUGACGUUCACUGGUAAAGAGACAAACGAAAUCAAUACUAGUAGUCCAUUUUGGGAUAUGGUUUAUUGGGUUUUUAACUCUAUGAUUAUGGAUGUGCUAUGAGUUUUCUUUUUCUUUCUGUCUUUUUUUUUUCUUUUGAUAAAACAGCUUUCCUGUUGCUCGACUCUUAGACUAUUUGCAACGUCAAGCGAGGACUACAGUGUCAAAAUUUGGAACUGUGAUAAUCAGUUAGUUCGAGAGAUGAGUUUUGACGAAUCACUCUGUGGUGUAUGCUUUGCUAACUCACGUGGAGACAUUUUAGUGGGUUUCCAGUCUCAGAUCAGCUUGGUAACCAUUUUAAACUACUUGCCUUUGUCUUACUUGGAAAUCGUGUCCAAGAUGCACUUUGAUAACGACCAAUUUGAAGAUCACGUGCAGUUUGAUGAUUUGCUGAAGUUCUGGUACGAUCCUGCACGCGUUCCCAGAAUACCUCUAGAGGCCAGCAAGCGAAGGCCUCUCGAACCACCGGAAGUCAAAAGACCGAAGAAGAAAAGGAAGGUAGGUGAACCGGCCGGGAGGAUGAAGCUACUGCUUUCCAGUCUAGAGGAUAAGGCACUUCAUACAACAGACGAUCUUUAUGUGUCUUGUGCUGCAUUGCAGGAAAUGAUAAUGUUCAGUUUAUCACAGGAAUCGAGAUCGUCAUUUUCUUUCCUCACAGUUUUUCAAAAACUCUUUCCUAUUCUGUUUUUAGUGAUGCAGGGAAAAUUCUAGGACCGUGACGAAGAGGCAAAUGCAAAUGUGUAUUUUAACGACUAAACGUUUUGUGCCAUCGAUAACGGAGGAAAAGACCUAUAGAUUAAAUACGUAUAUACAUGAGGUAUUUUUGCGGUUUAGUUCAUCACAGUUCUUGGUCGUUGCGUCAUGUCUUGUUCUUCCCGGCUUUUGUUUAUGGUAAACUCUGUGGGAAGGCGAGAAAGAACUGAACGCUGGUGUGGACGAAAUGCAUCAUACACAAGUUUAUUCUAUUACAGGUAGCUUAAGCAAAUUUACACUCAGAUAGAUAGGACCAACAACAACAAAACAACAAUCUUUAUUUGAACUCUCUCUUGCCUAAAAAUAAAUUACAACAAUAAAAGUAUUGAAAAUAUAGUUAGAGUACUGGCUGACUGGAAUAUAGGGGCUAGCAUUAGAUAGAAACAAAUUACAGGUUAGCAAGAUACUCAGGUUGUAGCACAUUAAUGCACGCAUAAAAAGAAAGAAAGAGAAAGGGAAACACACGAAAUAAGAAGAAAGAAACAAGAAAAAUCAGCUUCAAUAAGUUAAAUUUACUGUAAUUUUACAGCCGCCAUCUUUCUCGCUAACCGUUGAUCACUCUCUCUUUGUUAACUGACAAGGAACUGUCCGGGUUUUGUUUACAGAAGGAGACAGUUACUAUUAAACCAAAACAAGAAGAUGAAGAGGACCUGGAUCUGUUCCAGAAACAAAGGCGGUCAAGAAGACUCUCCACACAGGUUUGAAAUGCUAUAAUUUAUUAGAAAAGUAAAAGAAAAGUAUGUUGAAGAUUUUACAAGCUCGGAUUAACCCUACAUAUAAGGCUCACGUCAUUUGUCAGUUUCAAUUCCAGACAGUUCGAACUACUAGUUCAAAAAGUUUUCUCGUUUAUACGCACUAGCUUACGAAACAAAACUCUUUCAUAUCAACGGCUUUAACUCAAGAAGCCCCCUCCCCUCCCCUCCCCUCCCCCACCAACAACAACGAUGAGGCUUUUUUGAAGACAUAUAACAACAGUCCAGACUAAUAUGAAGACAGCGAAGACGCAAAAUGCACUUAAAAAGUGAAACCAUUGGGCUGUUUCAAACUUCAUCGCUCUCAUUCCAUCUCGUUCAAUUUGUCAAAUGAUGGCUAAAUUUAUUCUGGAAGGGUCGGAAUUCUAAAGGAAUGUUUCUAGGUUUCUAAGUCUAAUUAUUUCCCUUUUGUUCACUUCCUCCAUAAAACGAGCAAAUUAGGAAGUUUCGCCUUGUAGUCGUACAACGACUACAAAAGGGAGCUUUAGCAUCGACGACGGCAACGGCAGCGAAAACGUCAGUUUUAAAAUGAAUUCACGUUUCUAAAAAAAUCUUUGUCGCGUAUAUUCCAAUUUGCUGAAAAUGGCAAGUGUAGGCGAACUUCCCUUGAGUUGAUUUCUUGGGGACCGCACUCAAGUUUAGAGAGAGAAAAAGAGAUUCGUCGUCGCUUGUUUACGUCCUCCAUAAAACUUGCAAUUGGGCAUUUUCACGUCGUAGUCGUGCAAAGACGGUGAAGAAAUGUACAAAAAAGAGUGAUGCACGUGCAAAGUUGUUGUUUGCGUAAUAAACCUAUUGCUUUUUUGACGCGGACAACAACGAAAACGUCAAAAAAACAAUUGGUUUAAUUAGUACAACAACAACUUCUCACGUGCAUCACGCUUUUUUUUACAUUUCUUUCCCGUUUUUGCUCGACUACGACGUGAAAAUGCCUAAUUUCGCGUUUUAUGGAGGACGUAAACAAGCAAAGACGAAAUUUUCUUUCUCUUUCUGAGCUUGAAUUUGGUCCCUUGAAAUUCAGCUUGGAGGGUUCGCCUACAAUUGACAAAGUAGGUGGGUAGGAAUAAUCGGUAUAAAGACUGAAAGAACGCAAAUUCACUUUUUAAGCGACGUUCUUGUCGCCGUCGCGUCGUUGGAUCUUAAAGUCCCCAAUUAGUUCAUGCGUCAGCGUGCGUAUGUCGAGAUAUUGAGCACGCGGGAAGUUUGGAGAGCACGAAAGAGGCGUAAGAGUUGCAUGAGGCGCAGCCUCUUGAGUGCUCUCCAAACUUCCCAAGUGCUCAAUAUCUCGACAUACGCACAGCUGCAGCAUGAACUAAUUGUUUUAUAACAUUAUCAAAGCGAUCAAUGUAGCAGUUAAUUUAAAAUUUUAUUAUUGUAGGGCGCGGUCAAAGCAGUACGCGUCAAUGUUUACGUGACUAUGUUUUUUUUCCGCACAGUUAAGCUUAUGUUUUUAUCGUGAAACUGUGCGAAAGUCUACUCAAAAAUGAUUGUAAAAUCCAUAUUUAGGUGCCGGAAAACUAUUAAUUCACCGAAAAAUUGUUAUUGAAAGAAAACAACUUUGCAAAGAAUGAGCUCACGCCAUGGUCCGCACAGCUCACGCAGAUGACAACAGCUGACAACACUCACCUCUUUUCCUUCCUAUCGGUUAGAAAAUUCAAACGUUUCCUGUUAAAUUUUCUUAUAAAACACAUGGAAAACGCUUCAUCGUGCACUGCUGAGUUAUGGACGCACUCAGGAGACUCAGGACUGCUAAGCUCACAUUAACAACUCGGAGGAAUUACGAAUAGUUUAUUGACGUCAUCAGCGUGCCCAAUAGGAAUAUGAAGCACGCUCGCGCUAUUGUAUUUGAUCAGGUGAAUUUUCUAGCUAUGUUAUAAAGCUCCCUAAAGGUAGUGCAAGAACCGACCGCAACACCUUUUAUUAUAAAUCUUUUCAAAUGUUUUCGAAUCUUUUUGCCACAUUCAUAGGACUCUAUGGUUUCUCGAAGUGGGAAAAGAAAACAUUGUUUUCUUGAUAUUUUUAAUAUUGAUUUUUCUAAAAAACGAGAGGCUAAUACUGACUGAUGAGUUCUAUUCUUUACUGAGGUCCACGUCAUGAUGGCGUUGAGAAGAUUAUUGGCAAAGUCUUCAAGAUCAAGCCUUUCUGAUGCAGUGAACGCCAUGACGGUAACGAAACUUUCCACUUUAAUUGAAAACGGUCUUUUUGGAAUUCAAUUACGAUCCAAAGCUCUUAGACAGGUUUAUCACUGUUAGAAAUAGCAGCCUAAAAGAGAAAAAACAGCAAGGAUCAGUAUUAAAAACUCUCAUUUAGGAGAGCAUUGCGUGGCCGGGGUUCAAAUCCCGGCGUCGAAAAGCCAUAUGUGGGUUGAGUUUGUUGUUGGUUCUCUCCUUUGCUCCGAGAGGUUUUCUCCGGGUACUCCGGUUUUCCCCUCUCCUCAGAAAACAACAUUUCCAGAUUCCACUUUGUGAAUGUGCUACUUCUAAAUCGUUAAAAUUUUAUUUACCUACUUACAUAUUGAUUGAUUUAUUUGUCUUAGGAAUUGGUAAAAGAAGAACCUGAGGCAAACGGCGAACCUCAGGAGAAAGCUCUUGCGCCCACUGUACUCGACGAAGAGGAGGCAGCAGCUGAGGUUUACUGGCCAUGCGCACCAGACGGAUUUAUUCCAAACUCUGUGGUUCGCAAACGCAUCACCCCAAAAAGACCCCGGGUGAGGCGGAUACCUCGGAUAACACGCCCAGAGCUACAACAGGAAAAACCUGUAAAAGAAGAAGAAGAAGAAGAAGAAGAAGAAGACGAAGAUAAUCAGCAAUUUAAGCCUAAGAUUACAGGUAAAUGAUAAAGGUGACUUUUUGCCCUCUGCAUGACGAAAUAAUAGCAUAACACUGCUUAACUUUCCAGAAGAUAUUUUAGGAACUCGCGGGCGAGUGGGUUUUCAAACUUAUUCCCGUGCGUUAAAAAGAAAGCAAUCGGAAAACAUUGAUUACGAUGUAAUGUGGCAUUCCAUUCUCUUUGUUUUCGAAUGAUUCUGGUUUCACAAAGAGACCAUAAAGGGGUAUCUUUUUUAUGGUUAGUGUCUCUUUAAAUGGGUUUACGGAACCUGUUUACGGAACCUUCAUUUGACUAACAGGUCGUGCCGUAAAAGUUUGAUUAUUUUUGCUUUCAAAGAUUUUUGGACUCUUUGGAAAUCAACGCGAGCAGCUCACCUCAAGGAAAAAAUGAGUAAAGGGAGCUCCAAGAAAAAGAAACAAAAAGAAGGAAGAAAAAGACGAAAAGUCUCCCAGUCUGCCUCUUCUAGUUUGAGGCGGAAGUUGCCUCCACGACCUCGGGCGGCACGAAGGUAGAUAAGUGUUGCGAUAAGGAAUAUCCAAGGGUUUGAAAAAAAAAACAUACUAGAAGUCAAUAACUCAGUUAAUCAAAUAAACACAAUUUCCCUGAACAUCAUCAGGAGCUUCAUAUGCCAGGGCACUUUUGUGAUGUCCUUCUGAGAUAUAAUAAGUAUUAAUAUGGAAAAAUAUAUUCUCCCGAUAUCCCUUUUAUCGCAAGCCCUAAAAGGAAAAAAGACACCUACAAAGAAUGAAGAAAAAUUUGGAUAACUUAUCAAGAAUUUAUCUAACGGCCUUUCUGUUUUAAGAAGAUGUGAGAUAAGACUUUUCAGCUACCCGAAUAGGGUUCUGGCGGCGAAUGGCGGCACAAGAUAUCCAUGACGUUGAAAAUGAGAACUUAACGUUUAAUCAUAUAUACAGGGGGCUGAAUGACUCACAAGUAUCUUACGAAGCGAUCACCACACGUAUCAAUUAGUUACGACAAAAGAAAUCCAUAUUACGAGGAAAACUUCAACAAACAACUUACAAAAAUACUUGAGAAACUUGAAGAAAACUUGAGGUUAUUUCACGGUGGCCUCGUGCACGCUAGUGACGAGGACCCGUGCGCAUGCUCCUAAUAAAACAAGGGGGAACCCGCUGGUCAGGAUACCAGCUGUUACAGGGUAGACGUUACCUUCAUCACAUUCCUUUUGUUUUAUCCUGCUUGUGACGUCUAAUAUCCUUUACUUGAAGGAGCAGUGUCAUGAAUUUUAUCAAAAUUAUAUAGCCAACGGUGUGAACUGCCAUCAAAUUAGGGGAAACAUAAAAAUAAUCGCCGUUUAAUCAUGAUAAUACAGGUCAGCAACUACAAAGUAGGUACGGUUAGACAAACUUGAAGAUUAAAGGGAGUGAAAUAGUGGGUUUUGAAAACCUGUUAGCCUAACUAAGUUUUAAAAGUUCAUUUUAGUUGUUUGUAACGUUUGAUAUAAUACUUGAGAAGUAUAUUUACUGGACUUAAAGCUGUGAUUUUGUCAUUUAUAAGUAAUUUCUUCGCACAUAAGAAAGCUUAAUUGGCAAUAUAUAUAUUUUUUUAUUCUACGAAUGAAAUAGACAACCGUGACUUCACAGCCCCUUUAAAGCGUUUUUAUUUGUUUCGAAGUGAAGGACCACUGAUGGAAUUCGAAGAGGAGGAAGAAGAAGAAGAGCAAGACAAAGAAAUGGAGUACGGUACGGAGGAAGAGGAGGAACUGGAACCGGACACGGAGGAAGAGGAAGUCAGUGAUGCCAGCCCAGAGAGUAGUCACGGGUGGUCUGGGUCUGAACUACUUGAAACACCGGAAGAGUCUUUACAGGAGAGCGAAGGAGAGGAAGACUUAUAUUUUGAAGACAUUGACGAAUCUCAGUCGUCUCCGAGUGAAACUGAGAGCACGAAGAGCGUUAUGAAGGUAACAAUAGACAUGAAUGGAUUUUAAGCUGAAUGUGAGAAGACUGGGGUUAGAUUAAGGCUAUUUUCACAUUACAACAGAUAGGGCCUCUGUGAGAAGAACAGUGAUUUCGCUCGAUUUCUGUAACGGAGUGCCGAUCUCUAAACUGGAGAGUCACAUAUUGGAUAGGUGUUCAUACUUUACCGUAUAGUUUUUCGCGUCGGCACGAAAGCUAGCCCACGGUAUAGACUGGACAUAGCCUAAGGCGCGCGGGGUGUGCGGGAGAAAAACGAAGGAGAUAUAGCAACGGAAAUUGGGUCAAUAACGGCUGGGUAACAGUACGUAUUAUUUAUUUUUUCGUCUUAUGUUAUGCUAUAAAGGCUAUUUUUAUCCGAAUUUUAAUCAACGAUCUUGGGGCGUUUAUUAACAUUGUUUGACCUUUUAUUCCUUACUUGCUCGAAGUUUAUUCUGUCUUAACUCGUCUUGGAGCGCACAAACUGAAGGUCCGUUAAUAUACAUUACCAUAUUUUUAUCAGUACUUUGUCUGUAAGCUCUUAAUUUUAGUCCCGAUCAAAAUCAAAAUCGUGAGUACUGAGUUUGGUUGUUUUUACUUUUGUAGUUUCUCUUAAGUAAGAAUUAAAAAUCCUUGAGACGAAAAGAUGGACCAUAUUUCCUUUCGUUUUUAUUUUUUAUUUCUUUUUCCUCUGCGGAUCCUUUUUAAUCAUACCUUUAUCACACCGAUCGUUUCUAGCUCGAGAUCACUUCAUCAGAGUUACCGUUGCUGUCUCAAAUCGUACGCAAGGACUGGUAUCCAAAGUUGGCUCAAAGGAGACGAGAUAUUCCUAACGUUGGCGACGUUAUAGAUAACAUGCUGAAAGUUCUACCAAAAAUGAACAGCUUUAGAGAGAUUCAGGACAUUUGCGAAGAAUUCAUGAAUGUUGAAAGGCAAGACUUUGCAUCUUUAAAAUAGCGAUAGCUGGUAUACGUUAAAAGCGCUAGUUUAUUCGAGGGUGACUCACGGAAAUUCCUUUAUAUUAUUCCCGUUUUUACUAAAGAAUGACCGAACCUUCUGUCUACAAACCGUAAGUAUGCGAAGGCGAGAGUUUGUUAAUGAAUACCGUUUGAUAUAUUUUCCAAUUUUUUACCAAGCUUGUAGCUGACUCGGAUAUUAUAAUUCAUUGAGGGAAAGACGAGAACAGUUCAUCCAAAAAGCUGCCGUGAAUUACCCUGUAGUACGCACAUAGCGUCGGUGGUAUAGUGGUGAGCAUAGCUGCCUUCCAAGCAGUUGACCCUGGUUCGAUUCCCGGCCGACGCAAGUUCUAUUUUAAACUUUUCUUUCUGCAAGUGACAGCGUAUUUUUUUUUUAUUUCAAAAUUGUUUCACCGCCUAGGCAAGUGUAGGAAUAUGUCCUAUAACUUUUAUUUUAAGAUAUUUCUGAAAGCCUCAUUCUUAUUUCUCUCCAUUAGAGAGUUUGGUAUCCCCGAGGACAAGAAACUCGAAAUCCAAAAUCUUCUUAUUAAAUUGUCGUACAGUGAAAUAGCAGGAAACCGACAGGCGGCAGUUUGGGCUCUAGGCGAAAUGAAGGUACAUCGCGAAGAUGCUUAUCUGACUGUUGUGCGCAGACUCGUGGAUACCGAUAAAGGCACCCGAGAAGAGGCGAAGAAAGUUUUAAAAACUCUAACAGGUAUAACAAGGGAAGACGAAAGGUAUCUAUUUAUUUUCUCCUUUUGACUUCUGUGGUGAUGAAACUUACUUGGAUUAAGAGCAAGCCUCUGAUCAAUUGCUGAUGCAUUCAUGCACAUGAAUAUCAUAGCACUGCAAGAAGAAUUUAUAAAAUAACUAAGAUAGUACGCGCGCUCUGAUUGGACGAGAGGAGUGUUUGCAUGAGAGUAUGUCGAGUUGUUUGGCUUUUCGCGCGCUAAUCACGCAAGCACGAAUUUGAAAAAGUUUUCGCGUUGAAAACUCGACAAGUUUACUUUAUUUACCCAUUCCUUCGUCGGUUGAAACAUGGAAAAUCGUUACAAAGAAGAUUAGUCAAUUUUUCUUCGCUUAAGCUGAUAUUUUAAGCGACAAAAAUGAGUAUUUUGCAAAGCAUCUUUUUGCAAAACAAGAACUGAUUACGCUUGCAGGACUUCGUGGACAAGAUUUUGCGACUGGUAAGAAUUUCUCUUUUAAUCAGUGCCAUACAAAGAGUUUUGCGUUUUUUUUCUCGGGAAAGUUAUUUUAUAAAAGCAAUAGAAACUUUUUUCCUGUGUUUGCAUAGCCUGAUAUAAACACUCGAGGCGUUGGGAGAAUUCUCGACGGUCAUGCAAACCCUCGACUUCGUCUCGGGUUGGCAUAACUGUCUCGAAUUCUCCCAACCCCUCUCGUGUUUAUAUCAGGCUAUGCAAACACGGAAAACGUUUUGUAUUGCAUAAUUGUUAACCAGUAGAUACGACAAACGUACAGCAGGUUAAAACGUUUCCUAAGCUAAAGAAAGUUGAUAUUUGGUGUAGCUGUGGUUGGUGUAAGAUAAUUGAUGAUGAUGAUGAUGAUAAUGAUAAUGACCUAAUUCAAUUAAUUUCUAACUGCAAAUUAACGCCACUGAUAAAAUGUUUCCGAUCUGUUCUUUUCAUUUGAAAGGACAGUCAAUUACCUGGCUUCAUCCACGAGGACGAGAUCUAUUGAUCGUAUUCCCGAAUAUGAAUACACAGAGACUUUGUCACAAUUUUUUUUACCACCGUUCCAGAGAGAGAGAUCCAGAACUUCCUAUCGUAAUCCACUUAACACCAUCUCUUUGCCCGAGGUUCAGUUUAACGCAUACCUUUUUGCCCAGCGUGUCACUUUUCACUGAGAACAAUUUGUGAUCAAUGAAUUUGUCGCAGUUAUUUUAGCUUCAGAUCGUCGUCAUCUUUUAUGACCUAAUUAGGUGUUGACACGAUGGAGGGACUAAGCGGGUUGAUAAUGAACGCGGGAGUAGUACAUCUGCAACUACCAUCAAACGACAAUGCAGUCUUAAUGGAAUUAGCAGUUCGAUUGCGACAGGAGAAGAGCAAAAAGCAGGAAAAUAUGGAACAAGAAGCUGAAGCGGACAAAGAUAAGGGGGAUUCAUUUGAUAACCUAAGGACUACUUUGAGAAGGAGACCAUUCAAGGCCAAGUUCAAACAUCCCAAAACCAUGGUGACUUGAAAAUUGCCCUAUAAACUUUAACUAGAGAGCAUGGCCGGCCGAGCCCUUUAUUUUUGAAAUGAAAUACCGUAUUUCCUUUCAAUAAGCGCCCAGGCGCUUAUUUACAAUUUAGGAUAAAAAAAGGAUGAGCGGUUAUGGAAGAAAGGCGCUUAAUCGAGGCGGAUUCUUUUUAAGUUCUCCUGUUGGUCAUCAAGCGUACCUUAGUCCCAUUCUGCAGUUUACACACAGAGUUAUCAAUAAAGUGGCAAUAGGGACAGGUUUUCCUUGUAUCCCCACUAUUAAUAAAAGGGAUGGAGGAUAGGGCUUGGCGCUUAUUCGAAGAAAUACGGUAUGCUUAAGUUUUCAUGUGUUUGCGUUAAACACCAAUUCCGUGCAUACUGUUUAGUAGUAGACGGAUCUGGCCGAACAAUUCGGGUUCCAGAUUAGUGGUAGAAUUCUUUUUAUGAGAGGAAUGGUCCGGUCGACCAAUUCUGACUGAUGCGGGUAGGUACAUCUGUAAACCUGAAGAAGGCUGUUAUGGCCCGCCGAUCGAAAUAUUGUUUGGAAAAAUCAAUACGCGUUGCCUGUCUGCUUUACGGUAGUUUUUCGACUUCUCCUUUUUUGUUGUUAUUUUAUCACCUACCAGCCAGAGGUUAGACGCCCUGUAGUGUAAAUACCGCCAUCGCUUGUGCCUACGCAUUGACGAGAUUUCCUCCCCAACGCGGGCUUUUAUUACGCUUAAUUAAUAUUGUUUGUAUCUCUUGUAGUCUCUUAAUCCUGAAACAAAGGAACAAAAAAAAUUUCCACCGAUGAGAUUUUUUUUUAUUAUUUGUUUGUUUGUUUGUUUGUUUUUCUCCUCAACAGGAUAGAAGACUAAGGGAUACCACGAGAACUGGACGGCGUCCGUCUGUAUUUGAUGAGCCGGCAUCCUUAUCUAACAUAGGAAGAUUCAAAAAAGCGUUGAAGGAAUCAAAGUUAGGAUGCAAACUACUUCAGAAAAUGGAACCUUUUGGGCUCGAAAUAGCAAAAAGCUUCUCAGAGCCAACAAGCAGCGAAGCAAAGGAAGCCAAAUCAUUAGAGAUUGGGGUAGGUCUGUACUGUACUGGCAUCAUUUACUGCUACGACCAGAAUCCCUCGCGGUUUUCCUUUCUUGUGCAAAUUACGGCUUUUGUCAUUUAAAUCUCGCUGGGAUUACCAAAUAUAACUAUGAAAAGUAAAAACGAAAAGGAUUCUGGUCGUAUUUGUAAAAUGAAGCCCUCGUGUAAAUGGCCUAUGGCGCCUACUGCAUAAUUACAUAGAAAUAAUUUGACAUUUUGUUUAUAACGGGGUCGCCAGCUUCGCUUUUCGUAGUGACCAAGAAAGAACGAUAAUCUUUCAGUCAGAACUUCAAAGAAAUCUUUUUUCUAUUGUUGUUUUAGGGUAGAAGUUUGACGCCCAGUCAAUGUUUCAGGCAGGGCGAGGAAUUGUCCCAGCUAAGUAUGUAAAAAUGUAAUCGUAAAUGAUUGUUUUUUUAGUAGAUCUGAUACACUCGAUCUUGUUAUUCUUCCAUCCGAGAAAACUUUUGUGCACAAAAUUUUCUCCUCAUCUAGCAGAAAUGCUGUUUCAGAGAACUGUCUUUUAAAAUGACUUCAGUCAUAUCUAGAAGGAACAUUCGAACCUCUUGAGAAGUUGGUUUACUAACUUAGAACAAACGCCACUGAAUUGUAGUCAACAGUUACGGGCACCGUACAAAAGACUUAUUGACGGAAUCAAUAAUAAUAAAACUAACUACGAGACAACGACUGGACAACUGACAAUUUGAGUAACAGUACAAGACUGUUUAACCCAGUGACAAUAGACGGAUCGAAACCCACCAAUGACAUCAUGAGUCUUCAUGGCCAGUAACAUCACGGCUUAACUGACAGACGACCAAUAACAUCGCGACUUAAUAGACCUUGUCACGGUUUUCGACGCCGUCGUGAUGAGUGGGCAAAUGUGGGAGAAAUUACAGUGUUUGUAUGAGAAUCUAAUGUCGAACUAUUUCCGUAAAACGGCUGUUCUGAAAAAAAUAUGACUAAUUUGUAAACUAAAGCUACAAAACAAAGGAUUGUACUGAAAAAUGGGGGGCGUACCUGAGCUUAAAUUUCUCCAGAGGCCUGCUUUAGAUUUUCCAUACAUUUGUCAGUAACUUUUCCCGGGACUCAGUUUCUUGCAGACAAAUGUAUAGAAAAUUCAAAAAAAGUGGUUCUAGGUCUUCUAGCACAUAUAACGCCUUCGAUUUUUUUCUGUAGAUUCCUUAGGAGUGAAGCUUUAGUUUACAAUUCAUAUUUUUUUUAGAACAGCAAUUCUCGGGAAGCAAGAGAGGAUAAAGGGGACAGAGAGGGCAUCCCCCAUACACACCCUAUUCCAUAGGUAAUUCGUCUCGAGUUAGUUUUAAGACCAUAGAUCCCAUGGGGGAUUAGACAACAGCCAAUCACAUAGCGCGAAUGUGUUCCGCGUGAAUGACCCACGCUUAAAGCCACGCGUCCUUUACGAAUUGAAGCAGAAAAAAUGGCGGAAGACGCGGAGAGCGAUAUUGCUAUUUGUUUUGUAGACAAAAACGACUAAAGAGAGAUUUCUGCUAAAGCUGUGUCAGCGAAACGGAAAUUAAAAAAGAAUCGCCCUUCUUCUCUUGUAUAGAGCUAACAGUACAGCAGGGAAAUCCUUAACACACUGAAUAUUCUCUCAGGAUCAUUUAUGAUUUACAGUUUGAAGAGAGCAAUUUCUGGUUUGAUAUUUAUUCUUUUAUUAGCCUUUUAUUAUUCAACAAAAAUAACACUUGGCGUCCAACUUGCUUUAUUAUACAAACGACCGGACGCGUGACUCUGAGCGUGGGUCAUCCACGCGGAACACAUUCGCGCUAUGUGAUUGGCUGUUGUCUAAUCCCCCAUGGGAUCUAUGGUCUUAAAAAUAACUCGAGACGAAUUACCUAUGGAAUAGGGUGUGUAUGGGGGAUGCCUUCUCUGUCCCCUUUAUCCUCUCUUGACGGAAAUUAUUCGACAUAAGUUUCUCAUACAAACACUGUAAUUUCUCAUGCGUUUGCCUACUCGUCAAGAUGGCGUCGAAAACCGUGACAAGGUCUAUUGAGCAAUCAGGUCAAUAACCAGAGUUUUUAAAUACCGUCAACUGACGUAAUACAACUCACUUUGACUCUGAAGAUGACUACCCCACAGGUUGUCAAAAGGUCAGUCACUCUCAACAACAACAGUUCUAUUCAGGAUCACGUUCACCUUGACGAUCAAACUCAACCUACUUAGGAAAUGACUCCUGGGAUCAAAGCUUUAACAGAUUUGAACUUCUGUUGGUAGAAGAACAUAAGGCUUCUUGAAAUUGAGUAAAGUAGCUCGCUUUAAUUUAAAAAAGCGGUGUAAUCUGAUGCCGAAACGGAAUUCGGACAAAAUCAUGAUGAUUGAAAAUUUAAUCAAAUUUAAUUAACUUUUUUAACAUAGUGUAAGAAGUUUAAUUAGAAACCAACUAAAUUCUAAGCAGUUCCUGUUCGUUUAUAUUUGUGGUUAUUUUCUUGAGCUUUUAUUUCCUUCAGCUGCAAGUUCUUCUAAGGAGAGCAGAGUUAUCCCGGCCACCUUAAGCAGGCAAUUUAGUUCAAAAGCCUCUGUCGGUAAGUUAAAUGUUGCACGCAGAAAUAAAAUGUCCAUGUGAUGCAUGUUGACUCAAGUCAGUAAACGUAUAUAUGAUGUUGGUUUAUUUCUUUUCUUGUUAUUUCUAGUCUUGGAUCACGACGUAAUCACACCUGUCAAGAGCUCUGGUAAGAAGCCAAACUACCGACUAUAACUUCUUUGCAGGCUUUUCCUUGGCAAAAAAUGAGAUUAUAAAAAAAAGACACUGCCAAAAAACAUCAGCACUUGAGUGUCAUAUAUUAAAAUGGGUAUAUUUUUGCAAUUCUUCUUGUUUAGUUUUUUCCUUUUGAAAUCGUUAUAAUGAAAGUGAAAUUCACCCUAUGCACAAACCAAUCAAGAUAAGGGCACUAUUUUAAACACUCGCACAGCCAUAUCAUCCGAGCAAUAGCAUUCAUUUAGCUUACGUCCUCACUCCUUCGCGCGGCAAAGCCAUCGCACAAGAGAAAAAUCUACAUGCCCAACACUGUCUCAGCGCUUCUCCCUCUGCAAAUGGCCCUGCUGGAUGAGCAGAGGAAUAAAUUCAACGGACAGUGAGCGCGAGAGGAACUAUGGGAAGGAGGAAACGUCUUUCUCGCAUGUCUUUCUUUCCCUUUUCUGUCCCACGCACACGCCCAAUUCCCCAACCCCCCCCCCCUUCCCCCUUACAUUUCUUCUCUCCCCAGCAUCCUGUUGGGACAAAGAGAUCUCUAAAUUGAAGAGAGGCCUCCGCGUUUGAGAAAGCGCGCGUAAUAAAUGAUUGAGGGUCGGCCCCAUAUAUAUAGUACCCGACAAGUUUAUUAAUCCUCUUGCCCCUGAAACGUUUCUUUAUAGACCGUUUGACGAUUACUCGAGAAGGAGAAACAACAAAAGAGACAACGGCAACUCCUGGAUGGAUCUUGCUAGAACGUGGACGAACGAGCUGGAAAUGUGACACGGAUCAGGCAACAGAGGGCCUUCGUUCCACAGAACUCCUGUCACUAAAACAAAUUAUUCAAGUAAUGAACUGCGUCUCAGGAUUGAGUCAAAAUAGUAAUAUGUUACAACUGCUUAAGAUGAAACGUACGAAAAAAAUUAUUCCACAAAAUAUAGCACAGGAAGAUGGUAGUGUGCAACAGUUUUACGGCGUAGGAGAUCUUCUGGAAGCUAUUUGUCGGCUUCCCCCUGUUAGUACCUUUCUGGCACAAUUGGCUCGUAAAACGUCAAAGAGUAAGGAGAAAAUCUUGAUCAAUAUGAGAGGUAUUUUUCGGCCUGGAUGUCUUAUUACUAUAGAAAGGGGCGAUUUUGUUGUUGUAAAUGGACUUGGAAGACUUCCUUUGAAGUGCCAAGAUACUUUGAUGACAUUUAGAGAUUCAGUGCUUCAAAACGUUGAGAGAUUUCUAGGAAACUUCGAAUCGCUAACAUCAGGUGAUGAAGAGCUGACGCGGACAUUCACCAGUCCUCUUGAGGGUAUUCUCUGGCUAUGCGCCAUUUUGGAACCUGAGAUGCAAGUGAAAGGCCUUUUUUCUGUUUCGCAAGAGGGAGUACAAUACAUAGGACCAAGGACUUCGUUAGCGUCCUACGCUAGCAGAAAGGUUAGUUUAAAAUUCCACCCUACGAGCAAAGUCGAGUCCUUUGGUCUCUUUCUUGAUCGGGGAGGAGACGGAAGGCCGCGGGACUGUCUGAUCACUGCAGCCCUAAAUUCUGAACUAGUCAAUCUUUUUUUCUCUUGUCAAACUGGAUUUUCGAGUUUGAGCAUCCCUUUAUUGAUAAACCGAUGGUCAUAACUGAGCCCGCUUUGCCAAGCGCACUUUUAUUAAACCUGGGUUCGAAACUGUAUCCUAAUGUAGCGAAUGGCUAACAAAGACCUCACUUGAUUCAGGCAGAGUCUUUCGCGAUUAAGCCAAAAUCGGGCAAGACGAAGAAAACUCUGCUAGUAGGGUAAGGAUCAUAUCUUAAAAGAGCCAGGGUGUUUCAGUCAGGGAAAACCGGGGCUUUGAACCACUGUUCAUGACCUUUUAUAUUGGAACAGGAUUUGUACCAUGAUUGAUUGGCCACGGUCACUUACAUUCUGAAACUCAUCUAAACGUCAAGGAUUUAGAAAACAAGACAUAUCUUACUUUACCCAAUAUUUCGGAAGAAAAAUAAAUCUUCGUCAGGGAAAAAGUAAAGCAACAUCCCCUGGUCCUGUCUUAGUUUAAAGAUUAGUCUACUUUCUCGUUUUUUCCACCACUUGAAACUCGCGAAUAAUUCAAAAUAAGAUUUAGUUAGGUAGUCAUACGGUUAUGUAGUUCCCCCUCCCCUUGAAAAAAUAACGACAUGUAACCAAAUCGAUUCUUCUUCUUUAGAUAGACCGUGGGAAUUUCUUAAUUUUUCAGUUUUAUUUCUAUCCCAUAUAUCUCAAGUCUUCAAUUUUACCCACUGUGUUUUUAGAUCACAAACUAAUUUAACGUAAUGAUUUCAUCAGAGAAGCGAGCCAGAAUUUCCACCGAUAUUCCUCCAGCCAUCACUGCAAUGUUGCGUGGGUCCAGGGACUCGUGGUCAGCGGCUGCUUGAUUCUACGUUAAUCAGAACAAGGGCACUGAGUGAUUCUCGGCUCCAGUCUUCAAAACGGAAAGCAAAAGAUUUUGUAGUGACGUCACUUCCCCAUAGGCUGUCAACUCACACAGGUAAAAUUGAAAAUAUCUCUUGAAAAUUAUGUUUAAAUAAGCUCCGAAAAUGUAUAAGUACCGAAAACCCUCCUCAGGCGUUGCCUGCGAUAGACUCUCAUUCUCUAGUCUCUCAUCCUCUCUUGCUCUCUGUAAAACUGCGACCAAGAUGUAUUUUACCCUGGGCACGCCAUUUUCCUUCAUGUUUGGGGACUCUCUUUGAUCGACUUGCACGCUUUCGGGGCCUUAGCCCUAGCUUACUGCUGGAAGUAGGACUCAGCUGUAAGCUUUGACUUAAAGACCGAACAGGUUAACUUUGACCAUGAGCAGCCGAAAUCACUGAUGUAAUGGAGGGUCCUCUUAACAACGAGCGAGUUGGCUUAUUCUGCUACUGAUCAGACACUUGUUGAAUCCACAAAGAUCAUCGACGUCAUUUCAAUGAACUGCUUCAAUUCUCUGAGGCAUUGAAAGGCAGGGAUGAGAUGAAAAUAAUGAUGAUGCUUUGCUUAUACACGAGAUUUAUCGCUGUUAUGGACCCACAAGUCUAAUAGCUCUUGGCCAAUUUUAUCAAAAUUUGAACUAUCAAUGAAGCUCUACUUAUGGGUCUUAGCGCUCAGUGUCGUAGCAUACUGUCGCUGUUUUUUCUUUUUUUUUUUUUCGUAUUCAUGUAGGUAAACAAUUAGAAGGAAAGAGUCAGUUUGGAAUAAUGGAGUUAACUUGGAGAGCUGGAACACCUCUUCGUCAGUUGAACGAAGGAACUCCAUAUAACUGUGAGACUGGCAAUCUUCCUCAGAUAUCUAGCAAACCAGUCGAGCUCAAGGAACCAUUUAUGCUAAAAAACGACCAAGGAAAGACGAAUUUUAAACCGCAUAUUUCCAAGCCGCAAAGUGUGCCGCCACUAAGUCAUCGUAAAUUGAAGCCAUUGGUAGAAAAGAAACUCAACUUUUUUCGUGCGGUGAACAAUUUAAACAAACAGGACUCGCCAGUAGCGCUGGAUGAAUAUAACCAAAACCAGAACAUUAUCAAGAAGAAGUUCUUAGAUGAAAAAGGGAAUUUACUUCGGGGCAGUUUUACUGACCAUCCACCGCCUCCUAAACCGGCAACCCCAAUAUCCUUCCAUGCAUCGCCCGCCUUACCAAGCUUAAAUAAAGAGUCUAUGACGUCAGUUAGGUCAAGAAACAGUUCGGGACGGUGCUUGCGAUUUUAUGAGUUGUCACGUGGCUUGACACAUGAUUUUCUAUUAAGUGAACUUAACAAGUUCCAUCUUCCUACCAUUUUUAAAGAUGGCAGACAAAACAGAAGUCCUUGA